UAUCCGCAAGCGGAAACAUGUAGCAAUGUAUUACACAAGUACAUCACGACAUAUAUAAGGAAAAAUGAACUCAGAAUAAUACAUACAGAUUUAUGGAAUGAAUGAUGUAAACUAUAUAUUAUUAAUAUAUUAGUUAAACCAAUAGCAAUUGAGUAACAAUGACGGGUUGGUCUAUACCGUGUUGAAGUAUUAAAAUAUGAAUUGAAGUGCAAAGUGUUAAAUAUGGAGAUAUCUAUAUAUUGUGCGAUUGUGUUCUUUAUUGUCCCCUUCGUGCUCGACGUGUGUGAAGCCACGUGUGAAGAAUACACCAUCAUAUUGGAAGAGAGGACAUGUCCAAGAUACAUAAUAAAACCUUUGACACAGUAACCACGAAAUAUUAAAUUGGGUUGGAACAAAUAAUGACUGCAAUUCUACAGAAAUAUAUAACGAAAAUAAAGAAUGCCUACUAGAAUUCGAGUGCUUGGGUUCAGUGCUUACGUGUAUAGAUCAUAUUAAACUAACUAAUAAGCAAAGUCAUAUAGUUCUUCAUCAAACUCCUGAAGUCAUUAAAAGAAGUUUAAGAAAUGGUACAUUGUAUGUAAAUAAUAAUAAAACAGAAGAACCGAACACUACACUCAACGAAAAUGAUGGCACAUCAAUGUUUAAUGUUCACCUAUUUUAUAAUAACGUUGACGACAAACUUGAUGUUUCAAGCACAAACAAUAAGAAAUUGAAAAUGCAUGAUAACAUUCGCUGUAGAUAUGCCGAAAUAGUUUGCAACAAUAAGGAAAGUUUAGAGAACAACACUUCAGUAUACUUUGGAAAUACUGACAGUAAUUUUCAUGAUAACUCCACGAUUUUUAUAGACUUAUCCAUAGAUCGGGAUGAAACUAGUCCUUUACAACCAAUAUUUACGGGCUAUUUUCCAGAACUAUCAAAAGAAGAUUUGUCCUCUUAUGAAAAUGAUUUUAAAGAUCUAAAAACAGCAUCAUUAAAAUGUCCAAUAUUAAAGAACGAUACUGACAAAUGUGACAAGAGUAAAUCUGUACAUAUACACAUUAAUACAAACUAUAUUCAAAAUAAUACAAAAACAAAUUAUCCAAAUUGUACUAUGGACACCGCAACGAUUCACAGCACUUUUAAUUUGAUAUGCAAUAACGUAACAUUUGCAAAAUAUAAUACACAACUAAAGUUUACUUCAAAACCCGAAGUAAAAAAAACACCAACACCAAUAUCUGAUGGAAAACAAGACCCUCGAAGUUGGAGCUGCGAAAUGAUAGGUUUUUUAACAACUAAAGGACUAGAUAAUGACUUUAGUGAAAUUAAUUUCAAGAAAUGUUUCAAAGAUUUAAGUAAUACUAACACCUCUACCGCUGGAGAUAAAAAUGACGUUAAAUCUACUGAAAUAGACGUUUUGAAAAACGAUAACACAACAGACGUAAAUUUAAGGAAAUUGAUAAAAAUAAUCAUAAAUGAAAAUGGCAAUUGUACACAAAAUUUAGAUUUUUUGAACCUUCAACGAGGAAAAUUUAUCGAUUUUGGAGUAACUAAACAAAAUGUUUUCAAAAAUGAUGAAAUUGAAAUAAAUCUUUCUAACUGUAUGAAAGUAAAAAAAUUUACCCUAAAUGACACUGAUAAAUUACCUCAUAAAAAUCUAGAAAUUAUAAUCUCUUCAAAAAAUAAAUCACUAAAUGCUUUUGAAUUAAAGUUAUUAAAUAGAUCUACCAAUCAAAAGGGGGAAACAGAGAGAAUAUUUCUGGGGUGUGAUCAUUCUAAUAAUCCUAAUAACAAAACCAAUCAAAAUAUCACCGUGCUACAAUGUGAAUCAAUUGAUGCAAAAGAUUUAAUAGUCCCAGAAAAUACAACACGAGACCAUCGAAGCUGGAACUGCCAAAUCCCAAAAGUCAAGGAUUCUUUAAUCACUAAACGAAGAAAUAAUCACAUUAACGAAAUUGAUUUCAAUAAUUGUUUAAAGGAUUCAAGUUUAAGUAGCAAUGAAAUCGCUAAUAAUAAAGAAAAAAAUAAACUUAUAUCAUCCAAACCUCAUUUUUUGGAAAAAGUUAAUACUACAGAUAAAAAUUCAAAGAAGUUGAUAAAAAUAAUUAUGAAUGAAAAUACUAAUUGUACCAAGAUUCCAUCUUUAAAACUGCAACAUGGAAAAUUCUUCGAUUUUGGAGUAAAAAGUUAUGAACGGAAUGUUCUCGAAAAUGACGUUGUUGAAAUAAAUCUUUCUAACUGCCUCAAAGCUAACUAUUCUACAAUGAAUGAUACUAAUAAACUAACUCAAGAAAAAGACAAUAUAGUAGAUAUGACAAUAUUUUUAAAAAAUGAAUCACUUAAUGCUGCAGAUUUGAAGUUAUUAAACGGAGCUCCCAAAGAAAUCAACGAAUCAGAGAAACUAAUUCUGCGGUGUGAUCGUUCGAAUAACUCCAAUAAUAAAACUAGUACUGAGCUACAAUGCGAAACCAUUGACUUAAAAGAUUUAAAAAUGCUAGAAAACAAUAUAGAUAUAAAUCAGGAUAUAACACAAGACGAUCAAGGCUGGAACUGUCAAAUCAUAGAAUUUAAUUCUUCUUUAUCAAGUACAGGAAAAAUCAAGAAAACAUAUUUCAAGGAUUGUUUUAAGAGUAACAGUAAGGAAAAAAAUGAACUUACGUCUUCCAAACCAGAUCUCGUGAAUAAAUAUAAUAUAACAGACAUAAAUCCGAAGAAGUUGAUUAAAAUAAUCAUGAGGGAAAAUAUCAAUUGUACCCAGAACAUUGCUUUAAAUAUCCAACACGGAAAACUCGUCGAUUUUGGAGUGACGAAAUCGAAUGUUCUGGAGAAUGAUAUUGUCGAAAUAAAUCUUUCUAAUUGUAUCAAAUCCAAACAAUCUACAAUAAAUAGUACUGACAAACUACUUACAACAGAAAUGACAAUCUUUUUGAAAAAUGAAUCACUAAAUGCUUCUGAUUUGAAGUUAUUAAAUAAUGUUCCAAAACAAGAACGGAAGGAAACAGAUGGAAACGAUCGAUUAUUUCUACGGUGUGAUAGUUCUAAUGUCCCUAACAGUAAAACAACUAAUAGAAAUAAAGCAUUAGAAUGCGAAACCAUUGAAUUAAAAGACUUAAUAAAACUUGAAAAUAGCAGAGAUAUAAAUCAGAAUAUAACAAAAGAUACAUCCAUUGACAAUAACAAUAAUGAUAAAAAUGAGAAGAAGAAUGUAGAGGGUAACAAAACCUUUACUAAGAAUAUAGGAGAAAAAGAUAAAAGAGAUAUUCAAAACCUAAUUACUUUUAAUAGGAAGAAAGAUGUAAAUAAACUUGGAAAGGCAGAAAAUCUUAAUGUAGAAGACGUUGACGUUGAAAAGAUAAUACUAAUAACACUAGCUGCAAUAGCUGGUACCAGCACACUUCUCCUUUUAGCAUUGCGAUUCUGUAAAAAGCCUGGACAUCAUUACAAUCCAGCAGCGACACGGGAACCUGCAGUUGAUGAAGAGACAGCAUUUUAGAUAACGACAUAGUCGAGUGGUCUUGCGGCUGCGACUACCAACGAUACCAUGAUAUGUUUAUGUUGUGUAAGUAUAUUUAAGUGAUGUAAAUAAUAAUAAAUUAAGAAUUGUAUACCGUGUUCGCAUAUUUUGUUUCCUUUGUGAUAUAAUUUAAAGCUAUAAAUAUAACA